GUUGCCUAGUAGGUGUAGUAUGUUUCUUUGUCAGAGCUAGUACAUAUGGCCUAUGACAACUGGGUUUAAACGUCAGGUACGGGGUUGAUUGGAAUUUAAUUUAUAUUUUGUGCCUCGAAUGUAGAAUAGAUGUGGCUGUUUAUUUCCGGCUCGGUUAAACUAUGGAGACAUUUGCCAAGAAAGUUUUUUUUUUCUUUUCAUUCACGGGUCCCUCACCCUUGACUCCACGGGAGCCACUGGUACGGACCCUGUAUACAGGAGUCUAUUUUACCCAAAGCGGACAGAUCUUGAGAUCUAAGAUAGGCUUGCUGAUUGAAUUUCUUCAAUUUUUGUCCGGGUCCUUUCCAUUUUGGACUGCCAUCCAUCCCAUCGGCUUCAAAAGUAAAAAGCUAUACCCAAGCGUUCGGAACUCUCGAAUAAUUCUACAAUCUCUUGCAGGAUUUCGUGUUGGCGACCCGUACCGCUGGCACGGACAAAAAGCUCAUCCCAGACAACCCCCUUACACCAUACUAUAGACUUUUAUAGAGUUAUGUAUGUCACUAAAAAUAAAAAUUC